GCAGUUCCAGAUAAUCAACUUUGGCUUACUCUUCAAAUUAAAAAUUGACAGAAGAUGAAGACCAUAGCCGUUCCUGUUCUCUUGAUGAUGGUUCUCCUCGUCAUUAGUGCUUACGGAAGGGAGCUGACUGCCGGCGGGGAUCCAAAGUUUUGCUUGAUAGGAACUAUACCUGCUGGAGCUCAGUGUCUACUUGAGAAUUGUAUUUUCUUAUGUGCUAAUAAAUUUGGGGGAGCUACAGAAGGAAAAUGUAUUAAAAAUUCUAUAUGUCAAUGUUACUGGUUCUGUUGAUAUAAAGUUUUGUUCAAGAUAAGAUCAAAUAAUAAAUGAUAAACGUUUGAAUUUGAGUUUAUUUAUA